CUUCCUUCUUCUCCCUUACAAGACUCCAGCAAGCUAUUUGAAGAGGCGUUUGGAGACAUGGUGGUUGCUCCCUCCUUCACAGAAGCAGACCCAGCAGUGUCAUCUCCUGUUACUCCAGAGCUGCAUCAGGAUGAAGCCCAGGUGGUGGGGGAGGCGGCUGCCAACGGCAAGCACAGUCAGAGUUGGGACAGGCCCCAAGGACCUGGAUGCGGGCUCCAGAACACAGGCAACAGCUGCUACCUGAACGCGGCCCUGCAGUGCUUGACACACACACCACCACUUGCUGACUACAUGCUGUCCCGGAAGCACUCUCAGACCUGUAGUUCCCCAGAAGGCUGUAAGAUGUGUGCUAUGGAAGGUCACGUGGCCCAGAGCCUCCUCCACUCCGACUCGGAGGCUGCCAUGAAGCCCUCCCACACACUGACCUCUGCCUUCCACAAGCACAAGCAGGAAGAUGCCCAUGAGUUUCUCAUGUUCACCUUGCAAACCAUGCAUGAAUCCUGCCUGCGAGAGUACAAACCAUCAGAACCCGCCUCUAAAGAGAGCUCCCCAAUUCAAGACAUAUUUGGAGGCUGGUGGAGAUCUCAGAUCAAGUGUCUCCACUGCCAGGGCACCUCAGAUUCCUAUGAUCCCUUCCUGGACAUUGCCCUGGAUAUCAGCUCCGCCCAGAGUGUGAAGCAAGCCUUGCGGGAUACAGUGAAGGCAGAAGAGCUGUGUGGGGACAACGCCUACUACUGUGGAAGGUGUGGAGAGAAGAGGCCAGCUUCCAAGACCCUGACGGUUCACAGUGCCCCAAAGGUUCUCCUGCUAGUGUUAAAUCGCUUCUUGGAUUUUCUGGGUAACAAGUUGAACAGGGAAGUAAGCUACUCGGAGUUCCUUAACUUGCAGCCAUACCUGUCUCAGCCUACUGGAAGACCCUUGCCUUAUGCCCUCCAUGCCGUCCUGGUCCAUGAUGGUGCGAGUUGUCACAGUGGACAUUACUACUGUUGCGUCAAGGCCGGCCAUGGGAAGUGGUAUAAGAUGGAUGAUUCUCAGGUCACCAGGUGUGAAGUGACUUCUGUCCUGAGGGAGCCUGCCUAUGUGCUCUGCUAUGUGCAGCAGACUGACCUCCAAAAGGUCAAUGUUGAUGUGUCCGCGGGCAGAGUACCCGAGGUUCUUGACCCUGUCGACCCCGAAUACCAGCUGAAGAAGUCCCGGAAAAAAAAGCACAAGAAGAGAAGCUCUUUCACAGAAGCUGCAGGAGAGGCCCGAGGAAGCAGGGAGAACACAGCAACCAAAGAAACCUCCUUAGGGGAGGGCAAACUGCUUCAGGAACAGAACCACCAGAAAGCUGGGCAGAAACUCAGCAAGAGAGAACUCGAUCUGCCAGCUGGUGCAGUUGUGAUCCAGCAGCCCAGAUACACAGCAAACUGGGGCAGCAAUGCUCCAGACAAGGAGAAUCAACCAUGGCACAGUGCUGACAGGCUCCUCACCUCCCAGGGCCCCAUGAACACUACUGGGCAGCUCUGCAGUCAGGGAGGGAGUCAAAGAUCUAAGAAGAAGAAGAAGAAGAAGAAGAACAGGCAGGGGCAGAGCCUUCUGCUUGUUCACUAGUGCUCACCCACUCACUCACCCUGGCUCCUCUGGACAGACACACUGUCAACCCGAGGCCCCGUGAAACAAGAGAUUUGGACCUGUGUGCCAGGCAGGGACAACGCCUCACCCUUCAGGUGGAGUCCACCUUUCCUCUGUGCCCUUGCCUGUCUGUGCUGACUCUCUAAGAAUGAUAGUUCAGAUGUGAAGAAAUUGCCCAGGGUGUUGGUACAGGUGAAAUACAAGAUAGCUGGAAGCCUCAGGGUGGUCUUCAUGCCCUCUCCUGUGACUCAUGGAAUCUGAGUAGGGUAGAGACUAAACCACCACCCUGGAGCCCUUGAUGUCUGGAAUUUACACUCAGCCAACCAGUGACUGGGCACACUGCCCUUUCUUAUCCUCUUUUCUGGAACAUGUGAACUUCACACUGUGGAGAUGUUCUUGUUCUUUGUAUGUGAUCGGCAGGUCUUUGACCAAAUAAACUCUGUUC